AUGUCAAAGGUCGUCAGGAGUGUCAAAAAUGUUACAAAAGGCUAUAGCAGUGUUCAGGUCAAGGUGCGAAAUGCCACCUCCAAUGACCCCUGGGGUCCUACGGGGACAGAUAUGGCAGAAAUCGCUGCCUUGACUUUCAACAAUCCCAGUGACUUCUACGAAAUCAUGGACCUUCUAGAUAAGCGCUUGAACGACAAGGGCAAGAAUUGGCGACACGUUCUCAAAUCUCUGAAAGUCCUCGAUUAUUGCUUGCACGAAGGUUCCGAAUUGGUAGUGACGUGGGCGAGGAAGAAUAUUUACAUCAUCAAAACUCUCCGAGAGUUCCAAUACAUCGACGAAGACGGAAGGGAUGUUGGACAAAACGUUCGCAUCUUUGCGAAGGAAUUGACUUCUCUCAUCCUAGAUGAAGACCGUCUUAGGAGUGAACGAUCCGACCGAAAAGUAUGGAAAACCCGAGUUCAGGCUAUGGACGAUAGUGCCAAUCAGCCAGUCACCAGUCCUUCGCGCAGACAGCCACCCAGGCAUUCCGCCGCGGACGAAGACGAAGAUCUGGAAUACAAGAGAGCAAUUGAUGCAAGCUUGGAGGAAGCGAAGAGGGAAGAAGAGCGCAGAAGACGGCAAAAUGCUGAUCAGGACUCUGACGAGCUACAAAAGGCCAUCAAGAUCAGUAAAGAGGAAGAAGAAAUGCGGAGGCGUCAACUCGAGGAUGCCAAUGCAGCAUCUCUCUUCGAUGACACCCCAGCACCCAGCCAACCGCAACCAACUGGUUACAACCAAGGAUACCAGCAACAACCUGCUGUUGACUGGUUUGGAAACCCUCUUCAACAGCAACCACAAAGCACUGGAUAUCUCAACAAUCAAUAUGCCCAGCCAAUGCAAACAGGCCAGCAAAAUGGAUUCACAAAUGGCUUCCAGCCUACCCAGCCUACAGGGUACGAUCAGUUUGGCCAGCAGCCUUUUCUUCAGCAGCAGAACACUCUUCAGCCACAGCAAACAGCCUUCCAGACCAACAAUCCGUAUGGCGCCCAGCCUUAUGGCGACGUGUUCGGCGCACAAUCUCCUCAAGCGCAUUCUCUUCUGCAGCCAGGCACUAACAACCCAUGGGCAACUCAGUCCCCCCAAGCCGCAGAGCCGCUCAGACCUCUACCGACUGGAUCGAACAAUCCUUUUGCGCAAAGGCCACAACAGGCAUCGCCAUCGCCAUUCCAGCGCACAAGCACACAGCCUUCGCUGGGCACUCUGAUGGAGGCGCAGCCAACUACAAACUUCAGCCAGCCUACGCAACCAAACCCGAUUAUGAAUUACCAACCGUCUCCUCAGCCUUCCUUCCAGCAACAACAGCAACAGAAGCCCAUUAAUCCACAGCAUGCUAAACUGAAUGCGUUGUUGGCUUCUGGUGAAGGCCAAGACACCUUCGGCAACACCGGCGAUUUGCGCCUUCCCGCCCAGCACACUGCUCCAGGAGCUUUUGUCAACUCGGCAGGACAAGGAAUUGAUCGUCUUCGAGCCGCACAGACCGGCACGAAUCCUUUCUUUUCGUCGCAAGCCACAGGCUAUGCGCAGCAGAUACCUAACCAGACUGGACCUGUUGGUGGCUUUGGUGGCGGAUAUGGGCAGCAGAACAGCAAUGCUUUUGGUGGGAGGCCUGGAGGCCCUCAAAGUGGAAGUUUGAUCGACUUGUAG